AUAAGGCUGAGUCCAAAGGGUCAGCGUAAUCAUAACGGCUGUUCGAAUGACGUUCAUCCUGAUUGAAGUGGUGCCGGAUACAGAUUAGAUGCUAAAGCCAGUAAAGGGUUUUUCGCUGAUCCGCCAUGUGUAGCCUGUAGAUCUAGGGGCAAUGAUGGCAAAGUAAGCAGAAGCAUCCACCACAGCUGACAUUGAAAAUCUCCCUUGAAUGGUAAACAUCCAGCUGGUGAGGAGCGAAAGGAAUUCGGGUGGACACACACAUUCCCAUAGCGCUGCACAUCCGAACCAGUUCCGUAAUUUUUACAACGUUUCGGCACUUGGUCAUCGUCAGUGCAGCAAAGGUAUUGUUGAUCAGACUUACUACCUGCCCCGAAGACUAGCGAGCUGCACUUCAACCUUUACUCCUCAGCUACUGAGAAGAAGUUCGGGAUUCUCUCUAUGGAAUAGUGUCACGCUCAGCCACCGUGUGCAACUUACUCCAUCGAGUGAUAUUGGUAAUCCUCUGUCAUCACGGACUUUGCCAGGCCGGAGGGAACAGGAUGGCCAUCAGUGUGAUGUGCAGAGGUGCAGUGACGCUACUCUUCCUGCUCUUGGCCACAGCAACUGGCGAUGAUAAUGAUACACUUGCGGUCCAGUUCGAGGGAUGGACAGGCUUUGGAAGUAGUAAUCCAGGACCUGUGGCUGGCAAAGUGCUUUGGUUGAUUCACCAUCCAAGCUUCCCAUGGCCGUUCAAGAGUGGAGAUUGCCGCGUAUCUGGUACGCCUGAAGCCAUGUUCAAGCAUGCAGCCAACUUCAUAAGGCCUUAUCCAGCUGCAAUCCUAGUGAAUGGUAGACGCCAAUAUUCUUUUCGCCACGGGGCCUACGUCUCAACUUAUUUUGUCCUCAGGCCCAGCAAGUGGACCCUGCUUUCUCUGGGAAGCUGGGACUUUGCGCCUCCGUUGCCUGGAACAUACACGUGUGGACUGGGUCCGUAUAAGAAGAUGUUUGCUGUGAAAUCCCGGCACCACUCUAACACAGCUUUUUCUUCGAGUAUCUACAUUAAACCCAAGCUUCUCGCGUCGGGGAGCUACUACCCAGGAAAGUCUCCAUUGCGUGUGGAGUGCUUCACGACGCAUGCCAAGCCCACCCGGAUGACCUGGUUCUACAACGGUUUUAAGGUGAAGUCUGCGUUCACCACCCAAAGUUUCAUUACCUUUCCCUCGGGCGUUAGCUACACAGAGUUGGCGUUCUAUACAUGCCACGCUCGAAACUUCUUUGGCCAUGGAACGGUCCGUGUGCAACAACACCACUUCCAUUUCGCAGGCCAAGUGCAGAGACUAUCCAUAUCUUCCAAUUCUACGAACAUCUAUGUUUCUUUCACACGUCUUUACCAGGCGCUACCCACGGGCCCUGCGUUUACCUAUUGGUAUUACACAUACCAUGUUUCCUACUGGGGAGGCGUGUGUCGGUCGCAGUAUGGCUGCUACUGUCAGACAGGCAACUGCAGUUCUUCAGGCAACAUCACACUUCAAACUCCAAGAAACAAGCCGGUGAAUGGUGAUGAGCGCGUUGUCUUUACAAACCUCUGGCCAUCGGCAGUCUAUUUCGUAGAAGUCUAUGCUGCAAGCUCUCUAGGUGCUGGUCCGAUAGUCAAAAAAGGAGUGGUGACAGAUGCCGCACCUCCUGGACCUGUGCGGGAUGCAACAAGCCAGCUAGUCGACAGGAAAACAAACACUUACACCAUCAGAUGGCUGGAGCCACUAGGAACAAACCUUCCAGUUCUGAACUAUCGCUUGGACUGUUGUGGCUCAUGGGAGGCUCAGAUUGGACGCGAUAUCAGCAAGGAUUCACGCGAGGUCACCGUUGAGCUCGGCAUCAGAUACUGUGCUGCCGAAGUGACCAUUUCUGCUGUGAACGAGAAGGGCUUGGGAGCAGUCACGACGAUUCAGCUGGAUAUCGUUAAGGCAAUUCGACCCACUCGACCUGAGAUGCAAAUGGAGGCCACCAUGGCACCAACUACAUCUAUUCCAAGUACAAUCAGUGUGGGUGCGAGUUGUUCCGGAGAGCAGGAGAGCGUCUACAGGAGGCAAGUCGCUGUCCUGUUCAGCAUGCUGGCGCUUGGUAGCGCCCUGAUGGUGUUGGCAGUGUUGUGUUUGGACCGAUGGCUCGGCAAACACUACCCCACCAGGUACACGGUUAACUGAGACAUGUUCAACCUGCUCGGGGCUGAGGCAGACCCGUAGAACCUGCUUAGGGCUGAGACAUGUUCAACCUGCUCAGGGCUGAGGCAGGUAGUCUUCGCCCACCGUUAUGCUGACUUCAUUGAAUUGUCAUUAAGCUUAUAGAUUUUAGCUUGUUUGUAUUUUUUCGGUUGAAAGAAAUUUGGAACUUCUGAAUGGUUUACGAUCUUCAACUGGAUUUGCUAGAUUUCCUGCUUUGUUACUAUUUUCCACAAGUCCCGCUGUAAAUUUCUCCCAUACACUUUCCGCUGGUAAGUGUAUGCUGAAUACCUGUCAGGGUCUAGCCAUGGCUGUGCUAGCUUGGCAGCCAUGUUUGUCAUGGUCACCAGAGACCUUUUUUGCAUCUUCCACUCUCAAACAGUCUUCAAUUAAAGAUGAUAGUAAUGGACGGGUAUUACAUGCCUGGCUUUCUAGAAAUGACGUUGUUUGAAGUUGCAACGACCCUCCAGCCUAGUGUUGCUAUCUGGCAGUCGCAAAUGAGUUGGGGACGAGGGGACUCUUUCCUUAUCAUCUGUCCAUAUUUUUGCUCACCCGGCCAUGGUGUGAAUGAAAUUUCCAACCCUUUUUUUUCUUGUGCUGCUCCAUUCCUUACGGACAUGCUCGUACCAGAAUGAUGCCUGCUGGCUACCCCAAUUCAGCUUUGCCAGAAACUUAUUCAUAGCGUAGCCUUCCCUCCACUCCCCCCCCCCCCCCCCCCCCUGUGGAAAUAUGUUCCUUGCUUGUCUCAUUGUGCGGAAGUGUACGAAAGAUGUGUGAAACAUCUUAAGCAGAACAUCCGGAAUUCCGUUUUCAUGAAACGCUUCAUUUCGAGAUGUAGAGUGUGC